AUGGCCCACAUUGGAGGCUUCGACUAUGGCGAGAAGCUGCCAGCGAUGGGCGGGGGCGUGACCAGCAGCACGGCUCUGGCCAUACGGAAUUCGACAAUAAUCGCGCAUCGUUUGUCCAUCUAUUUGCCGCAGCUGCUGUUGCCCACGCGGGAUCCACAAAAGCUCAUCAUGGAAAUCAACUGCCAUGUGGCUCAAUUCCGUGAGCUGCUCAUCUUUAUUGGCCAAACGCGCGAUUCGCCCGAGCUGCGCGAGAAGAUCCGUCGACUGCGACGCAGCUGCGUGGAUGCCUGCAAGCAGACGGCGCAUCUGAUCACGCCACAGUCCAGGCACAGCCAGCCGGCCAGCUCCAGUGAGUGCCGCUUGCAGCUCCAGCUGCUCUACCAGCUGACGCAGCAGUUCCGGCACGAGCUCAUCAGGAGCCAUCGGCUCAUACAGCUGGUGCCCUACGACAUGACCGACUACUAUGCACCCGCUCGCGGCGCACCCUCGAAUCUGGGCAAUGUGAUUAGCCAGAUAUUGCUGUGCAAGCAAAUCAAUCCGGACUUCCAGCAGGAGGAGCUGUGCAGCAUCAGCAAGGAUGCGCAGGAGUUGAGCGAGCUGCUCGGCCAGCUGGAAUCGCAUCUGCCCAGUCCCGCGCCCGCCGACGAACCGGACCUGCAGCUGGACCUGCACCUGCCGCACAGCUGCGAUGUUAACCUGGCCAUGUCCGCCUGGUAUAAACACCAGCGACGUCGCAGCUGCCGCAGUCGCAGUCGCAGUCUCUGCUGCUGCCUUGGCUCAUCCCAAGCGAAUUAGUGUUAAGCAGUGGCACUUUUCAAAUAAAUCCAUGCAAUAAAUUUAGUUUAGCUUAGCGUUAACUUAUCUGCACUCGUGUACAGGAAAUUCCGAAUAAAAAUAU